AACAUAGAAAAACAGUAUUGUAGCCAUUUGAUAUCACGUGACCAACCCCAGCCCCGAACCCAACUGGCGACGCGCGAAAAGUUUUUGUCUGCAAACUUGUCGAUAUCAAAUUCAACAAUUGUUCGUUCGUUGAAUAGGAGCAGAAUCAAGAGCAAGAAGAAAAAAUGUCGACAGAGAACAAGUUUGAUCUGAUUCCGCGGAUUCUCCCGUACCUGGACCGUCUGCUGAUUUUCGCUCUGCUCGAGCACAUCUCCGAGCAGAAGCUGUACAGCGAGGAUGUGCUCCUGCAGGCCAAGUUCGAUCUGAUGAAGGACACAAAUAUGACCGAUUAUGUUGUUAGUCUUAACAAGCAGAUCAACGGUGAGAAUGCUGAGGUUCCUGAGUACGCGGAGCGACGGGAGAAGGUGCUGGAGAAGCUCGCUGAGUUUGAGAAGGAGUCUGCUCCCGUUAUGGAGGUGCUGAAGAACCCUGAAGUUGUUGCGGCCAUGAGACCAGACCGGGCGCAGAACAUCGCUUUCUUGAAGGAGAACUACAAUAUUACACCCGAGAUGCUUGAGGUCCUCUACCACUACGGUCAAUUCCAGUACAACUGCGGCAAGUACGCUGAGGCCGCCGUCCUGCUAUUCCACUACCGGUCUCUUUCCGGAAACGCCGAUCUCGUCAUGUCAGCCACCUGGGGAAAGCUCGCCUGCGAGAUCAUGACUCUGCAGUGGGACAACGCGGCCGAGGAGCUUCUCAAGCUGCGCGAGCAGAUUGACGCAAAGGCUUUCACAGACCCGCUCGUUCAACUUAAUCACCGCGCGUGGCUUUUGCACUGGGCCCUUUUCUUCUUUUUCAAUGCCGAUGCCGGUCGUGAGAAGCUUACCGAGCUCUUCCUUGCGCCAGCUUACAUCAAUGCCAUCCAGACCGCGACCCCUUGGAUCCUGCGCUACGUGACCGUCGCUGUUCUGGCCUCGCGUGCUGCGCGCAAGACUGCCGGUGGAGCGAGCCGGGCAGCUUCGUAUGCUACCUACCAGAAGCAGAUCCGUGAGCUUGUUCGUGUGAUUAGACAAGAGCGAUACGAGUAUUCCGAUCCCGUCACUGAGUUUGUGUACGCGCUUUACGUUGACUUUGACUUUGAGGAGGCGCAGACCAAGCUCGCUGAGUCGGCUGCCGUCGUCCGCGCUGAUCCGUUCCUCGUUGGUUCCGCCGAUGUCUUCCUCGAGAGUGCGCGCCACCUCGUCUCUGAGCUGUACUGCCAGAUCCACCAGCGCAUCGACAUCAAGGAUCUGAGCGCGCGUCUGAACCUGUCGGACGAGGAGGGUGAGAAGUGGAUCGUCAACUUGAUCCGCGACACGCGUGUUGACGCAAAGAUCGAUUUCGCAGAAGGAACCGUGCUUAUGAACCACCCGCCGCAGAGCGUGUACCAGCAGGUGAUUGAGCGGACGAAGGGACUGAGCUUCCGAACAAGCCAGGUGCUUGCACAGAUGUUGACCGCGCGGAGUGCGACGAACGCUGCUGCUGUUGUUGGCGAGGCUGAGGCAUAAAAACUGUUCUUGUUUUUUUCUUCACGUUGUUUCUCUAUCAUGUUGAAUGUAAUUUAGCGCGCGAGUGUUCUUUUCUUUGUUUGUAAAUGGGACAUCUAUCUUUUUUUUCUUGUUUAUCAUCACACAGCAGUCAUUCAAGUCAUAUCUGCAGCCAAAAGCUACUCCUACGAAAUAAACAAAUUCUCUACUAUAGGAAGGAAGUGUGAAAAGACGGUUAACUAUUGAAGUCGUUUCUGAAAAUGCUUACAUCUUAUUAAAUCAUUAGUCAUCCAUUGUGACUCUCUGCUUACUCCGAGUGGCUAUUGC